AUGGCGCACACCACCGACCGGCCGACAGACGACAACAUCAAUCCGCCACACGCUCCCACCGCGCGUCCUAUAAUCCCGCUCCCGCUCCCGAAGUACCUAGGUUGCCACCUGCACGGUCUCGCCAUUACCAGCUACCGGCCCACACCGCCGCCCACCCUUCGACCUCUACCAUCCGGACUCGAUCCCACCAUGGACCCGACACGCCAUCCGCCCGUCGCGCGCCUGCGGCCCAAGCGGCCGCCAGGUCUGCCCUCGACUGCUCGACCCAAUGAACCAUCCACCUUCACUACGCCCGAGUCUUCUGCGCCAGACGACGAACUGGACACGGACGCGAAGAAAAAGCUCAAGAUAAUUGCGUUCAUUCCUAGGCUCCCGACCUCUGAGCUGGUGUUUGCGCUCGAACGAACGUCGCGCACGGUCGAGGGACCUGUCAGGUCGGAGUCGGAUCAGUACAGGUGGCUUGUGCAGUUGAAGGGGAGGCUUGAGGCUGAGAUUGCGCUGCGGCAGCAGCAAGACGAGGAUGAACAGCGCGACCGUCUGGUGGCUGGGCCUUCAUCCGUAGCCGCGAGCGAGCCACCCGCGCAACACGAGCCGGCCGCUGGCACCUCGCGGGCUGCUAUGCAGGCUCAACCGCAGAAGCAUGUACAGUCGAAGAGAAUACGCCUCCCACUGAAACACCAGCCGUCCAUCGUCGACGUCUCGCGCGGCGUAUACCGUCCAUUCCCCGGCGACUCCCUCCUCCGCCAAAUCCUCCCCAACACCUCCCUCGAAACCGACCUCCCACUCCCGCGCCGCCGAGCGCUGGACCGCAUGCGCCGCGACCUCGCUUCGAAACGCACCAUCACGUCCUGCACAAUGUGCGAGUGGGCGGGGCGGUACACGCCGGAGCUGGUCGACCAUGUCCAUGAGGCUCAUCUUGAUAUCAAGUGGAAGUGCGAUUAUUGCGGAGGGGAGGAGAGGGAGAGGGAGAGGUUGGCGAUGCAUGUUGGGCGGGCGCAUGGGGGGAUGGUUGGGGAGUUUGAGGAGGGGAAGAAGUGGAGGGUUUCGCCGUUCACGGUAAUGGGGUGGCAUGUGUAG